AUGGGUUAUCUUGCGUUGAGCCACUGUUGGGGCAUGCAAAACUCAUUUCAGCUGUUCCGUUCAAACCUAAACCAACUCACGAAAGGAUUUGAGAUUGCAAGAUUGCCGGAAACAUUCCAGGAUGCAAUUAUGAUAUGUCGAAGACUGAAGCAAAGAUUCAUCUGGAUCGAUUCACUAUGCAUCGUCCAGGACGGUGAUGAUUGGGCAACGGAAGCAUCUCAGAUGGCAAGAGUAUACGGCAAUUCGAUCUGUACCAUUGCGGCAUUAUCCUCUGAUAGCGACCAUGGAGGUUGCUUCUCAGCACGCAACAACCUUGGUCACUGCACACUUGUUUUCUCCGACAAUAGUGGCCGUCCAUUUAUGGUGCCAGAAUGUGGCGGUUCCGGAGCGACCAGGAAUCACCACCUCCAUACGCGUGGUUGGGUCUUUCAGGAGCGCUUGCUAAGCCCAAGGACCCUAGGAUUUUCUUCAACUGGCAUCUACUGGGAAUGUGGCUAUUCACUGGCCCAUGAGGAACAUCCUGGAGCUUUUCCGCUGCGCCUCAUGAGCUCGACAGAUGUGAAGCUCAAGGACAUGUUUAGGCAGGCCACAACACCGCUCCUGCAGCCCCUGGUCACUGACAAAGACCGAAAAGUCUUCCUAGUCGCGUGGUAUGAACUCGUACACAACUACAGCAAAUUGGCUUUUACACGACAAGAAGACAGGCUUGUGGCCAUCGCCGGCAUUGCUCAAACUAUACACAAAUCCACAGGCUUCGAGUACUUCUACGGCAUCUGGCUCGGUUCA